UGAUGUCAAAUACAAAUAUGAAUAAACCAAUGUAAUAAAGUGAUGGAGAUGAAAUAUUCUUUCAUAUUUAAAAUAAUGCAGAGCAAUACAACAUUUAAUCGGCAGAUGAAAAAAAUUAAAACAUUAAAAUGAUUCCUGAUCAAGUUAUAGAAUCAUAGACAACAAAACCAAAACCAUUGACAUUUGAUCAAAUAAAAUUGGUUUCAUCCACUUAAGUUAGUGGUGAUGGACAUGUUAAAUCAGUAAGAGUGUAAUGUCCAUAAUGCAAAUAAAAAGUAUUAUAAUUCAUAUUCUAGGUUGAUACUGUGAUUAUUCGCAAGCCAGGAACUUAAACAUAUCUUGCAUCAUGUAUUCUUUUGCUUUGCUCAUUUGGUUUAGUAUGCGUUUCUUGUUUACCUUGUAUAAUUGAUGAUUGCAAGGAUGUUUUACAUUCAUGUCCUCAAUGUAAAAGUCCAUUGGGAAAGACAUAAUUUAAGAUUUUAGAUUGAUU